AAAGUCCGGGGGAGCCAGUCUCGGGCAGUCGCUCAGUCCCUUGCCCCCCUGCCGCUCCCGCCUGGGCCGGGCCGAGGAUGCAGCGCAGCUCCUCGGCGGCCAGGCUCGCUAUCCUCCGGGCCGCUUGCUAACUUCCCGAGCUCCGUUCCCGUCCGCCGGCAGGGCCGCCCCGUCUCCCCGCGCCUCCGGGUCCGGUCCUCCAGGUGCGCCAGGCGCUGCCGCUGUGUACCCCUUUGCCGCCAGCCCGCGCGCCCACAUUCCCCGCCGCGCCCCGUCCUCGCCCGGCCAUGCUGCCCCUCUGCCUCGUGGCCGCGCUGCUGCUGGCCGCCGGGCCCGGCCCGAGCCAGGGCGACGAAGCCAUCCACUGCCCGCCCUGCACCGAGGAGAAGCUGGCGCGCUGCCGCCCCCCCGUGGGCUGCGAGGAGCUGGUGCGGGAGCCCGGCUGCGGCUGUUGCGCCACUUGCGCCCUGGGCAAGGGAAUGCCCUGCGGGGUGUACACCGCCCGCUGCGGCACGGGCCUGCGCUGCUACCCGCCCCGAGGGGUGGAGAAGCCCCUGCACACGCUGAUGCACGGGCAAGGCGUGUGCAUGGAGCUGGCGGAGAUCGAGGCCAUCCAGGAAAGCCUGCAGCCCUCCGACAAGGAUGAGGGUGACCAUCCCAACAACAGCUUCAGCCCUUGCAGUGCCCAUGACCGCAGGUGCCUACAGAAGCACUUUGCCAAGUUGCGAGACCGGAACACCAAUGGAGGCAAGAUGAAAGUUAUCGGGCCUGCCCGGGAAGACGUCCGGCCCGUGCCCCAGGGUUCCUGCCAGAGUGAGUUGCACCGGGCCCUGGAGCGGCUGGCCGCUUCGCAGAGCCGCACCCAUGAGGACCUCUACAUCAUCCCCAUCCCCAACUGCGACCGAAAUGGCAACUUCCACCCCAAGCAGUGCCACCCAGCUCUGGAUGGGCAGCGCGGCAAAUGCUGGUGUGUGGACCGGAAGACAGGAGUGAAACUUCCGGGGGGCCUGGAGCCAAAGGGGGAGCUGGAUUGCCACCAGUUGGCUGAUAGUUUCCGCAAGUGA